CUAUAAUCUGUUCUAGGCUUUUGCACAGAACACGAGAGGUAUUCUUAUUUUAGUUAUUCAAUAGAUUUAUACAUAAUACAUAUAUGCUUAUUUACCGAUACCGACUAUUGACUAAACAAGAAGUCAAAAUCUCACGAAUAUGUCCUACUGCAAUUCGUUCAAUGAUUAUUUUCUAUAAAAGGAUAAAUUACAAGUAUACAAGUAGCAAGCGUUUAUGAAUAUGGCGAUGCUGCAGGUCCUGCUUCUGCUCCACUAAUCUCAAAUUGCCUGUUUUACUAGAUAAAAGAUGUCUCUUAAAAUCAAAUAUAAAACACCUAGAGCAAUGCCAGCAGAAGCAGUUUUGACAAGAAGCAAAUUGGCACAGUUGAAACAAAACAAAACCAAAAAAAAAGUAAAGUUGUAUCCUGAAAAUGAAUUAUUGAGACUUAAAAAUGGAAAACAGAAAAUAUCUGUGGAUAAAGUUGAAUGUAAAGAAUUUCAACCAGAUAAAGUGAAGAGAAAAAUUGAGCUUAAGAAGGUGAAGCUAAACCCAAAACAUAAUCAAAUAGUUAUAGCAGAUAUGACUAAAUGUAAUAAACGAAAACGGAAUGUCCCUAAGAGAGAUGUCUCACAAGCAAGUUUUAAAGCAGUGAGUUCCCCACCCAGCGAAAAUGAAAAAUCUGUAUUUGAAUUAAUAACUCUCAUAGAUGGGACACAAGACAUGGGUGAUGAUGAUUUUCUUGAAAUACUGACAUGUCCCAGCCCAGUUUGGUGGGAAGAUCCACCACCUGGAUAUUCUGAAGAUCCAAUAUCAGUAGAGUAUAUACUCAAGAAAGAAAGUCGAAAUAUGGAAGAUGACCAGAAAGUUUCAAAAAUUGAAAUGAACAAUAUUAAGGAAAAUGUAAUCGAGGAAAACUUUACAAGUGUUCAUAAAGAUAUCAAAAACGAUGUGAAAUAUGUGAAUAAAUCUAAAAACUUAGAAACUUUGUUAGGUUAUAUUAAAAAUAAAAAGCAUACAAUUUCAAAUGUCUGUGACAGUAUACAAAAGAAUGAAUUUAGUAUAAAUAAAAAUGAAUUGAAAGAAAAUAACGAAGUUAGUGAAACUGCUGAGACAAUGAAAACUGAUGUUGAUAACAAAUCAAAAAAUGAAAUUAAACCUAUCAAUGAAUUAAAACUAUCCAAUUUGGGAGAUAGUACAGAAAAUAUUAAUGUAAUAGAAAAUUUAUCUGAAAAUACCUUCACAGUUAGGAAUAGAAAAAGUUCUUUAUGUGUAGAACUUAAUUCAGACGAAACAGACCAUGAAGACUUAAUGAAUGUCUCGCUCGAUGACCGUUCAUUAUACUUUUUGGAAAAUAUAGAAAUUCCCAUUGUAAAUGAGUUUUAAAUUAAAUAUCAACUAUGAAUUAUUAAAAUAUUAAGUUUAA